UAAAAUGUGAUUCCAAGUCAACAGUUGAAUCAACAUGGUUCUCUUGGUUUAUCAUACAUGUCGUGAAGGAAAAUAAAGCCUGUUCAACAAAAGAAUCUGGCGAAAAUCUUCGUGGUAGCCUACAAAUAAGCAGGAAGAUGUCGGGAACGAUAUCGUUUCAGAAAAUAAAUAUUACAGGUACCAAAGAUGUCCAGAUGUCCGCCGUCCACAAAGAUAAGAAGAAGCCACCAUCUCCAAUAGUGAUCACACCCCGAGGACCGCCAAAACCAGAGGACUUUCCGCAGGCACUUACUCUUGACCUACCCCCUCACGAGAGAAAGAGUGACCUAGCGGCGUUCCUGUGUCGAGUGAAAUUACCCCAACUGAUCUCGAUUACCGAAUCUUUUAUGGUACGAAACAGGCCAGUUGCUCACGGGCAUUUUAGAAGAGGUGAAACUUUCUUGCUUCAUUUCAUCACCGAUAACCCUACUGUGCAUGCCACAACAUCUGGGGGAAAUGAUGUCCGACUGCCAGUACACGCAGGACAGAAGUAUGAAAUUCUUCCUCUUGAUCCUCGGUUUGAUGAUAAAGAGUAUAACGGUACCGAGGAGCUCUUAGAGGCCAGCCCCCUUCCUCCUGCUGUUCGAGUCGUAGAAGCCUUCUACUCUGAUGAAGAUAGUGAAGAUCAGGUGGUAGGAGACAUCAUAGAAAUCAAAGGAAUAGAACGUGAUCCUGAGCGUGGUAAGCUCUUGGUCGGAACAUGUGGAUCAGCACAAAUUAGGUACUCAAAGGCCAUGAACUCUACCUUUACUACGAUGUUGUUUCCAGAGCAUCAUCGCAUGGCAGAACUCAAGGACCACAGGUUCCCUCAGAGAGUCCGUUUACCAGAUGAUUCAGAAGAUCUCUCUCCGCAAAGGUUAAAACCAAAGCAAGUAUUCCAGCUGCGGAAGUUAUCCCAUGAUAAACACGUCGUAGCGACUAGGCCCAAUGAUCCCACCAUUUACUCCAUACCUGUGACCACGCCCAUCAAGUUCACCCACGAGCCAUUAACAGAUUCACAGAAACACAUCUUGGACAUGUUGCCAGUCAUGUAUCCCCUUGUGAACACCAGUUGGGGAUUGGUAGAUCCGACGCAGAUGGAACUGCCGAAAUCUAUGAGGACUGCCCCGGAAGUACUCAAAUUGGUGCAGGCAGCCUAUAUGGCAAGUGUGAAAGAACAUUGGGCCACUGAAGACGAGCCAUUACUAUCAGGUCUUAACACAACGGCAGCAGCAAUAUCUCCCGACCCACCGCCGGUAUUUUCUCAUAUUCCGGAAAGACCUCGGCAAUCUUCGGAUGGCGCUCCUCGGUUACCUCCUCGCCCUCCGGGAGGACUGUCGCCGGUUUGUUCCGAUUCCCGAUCUUCGUUCGGUAUCGAUGCUGAUUCGGACUCCGAUGAUUAUGAAACCGUACCCAUCCCUUCUGACUCUAUUCUUGAAGGCAUAUCUAAAGAAGCAAUGAUUGCCGUCAGAGACAUACUCACCAAGAAAGAAAAGGAAUUGAAAAAACAGGAAGCAACUUCAAACGCAUGGAAAACAAAAUGCAAGAACCUUGAAUAUGAAGUCAGCAAAUUGAAAAGCACUUUGGCUUCGACUUCACGAAGUGACAGCAAACCAAAGCUACCGCCAUCGCGUCAGGGCUCACACCAGCAUAACCUAAUUGGCACAUACUACACGGACACAGAUGCUUAUGACUACCAGAUUCCUCCUCCACUCCCGCCUGUUAGGUCACCAUCAGCAUUGCCACCACCUACUGCCAGUAGAAACCAGCUUAGGGACCGCUCUGUUCAGGAAGUCGGGAAGUUCUUGAUGCAGCACGGCUUGGGGAAGUACGUCGACACCUUUCGCGAGAAUGGCGUCAACGGUGCGCUGCUAGUGGCUAUGGAAGAGACCCACAUGAUCGAACUACAGAUGACGCGCCUCCAUGCCCUUAAACUGACGAUAGAGGUCGAGAAAAUGUGCGGACCUUCUUCAGUUUGUUGAAGACUGAUUUUAUUUUUGAUGUGUGGGUGAGGGUGUGCGCGGGUGUGUGUGUGUGUAUGUUUGAUAAAAUUCACCUUCAUCAAACAUUCUACAGCCACGCCUAUUAGCGGUUUGGCUAAAAAAAGUAAUUUAAAAAAAUCAUGAAGAAUGAUGCCGCGUCUCAUCGUUGUCGAGAUUUCAUCAUGCUGAUCAGAUGUAGCCCAAUCUACAGAUUGUUUUGGGAUUAGGUAUUUAUGAAUAAUAUAACAACAUAAUCAUUCAACAUACAAUUACAAAGAAAUUAAGAGAAAUGAGACCAUGUAUAGCAAUGAGCCUAUUUACAGUGCAUAAAGAGUAUAGACAGAUAAUUUUUAAAAAGAUAAAAGCUCCAUUUACGAAAAUGAGCAGAAAGUUUACCUUUUACAUGUUUUAUUUUAAUAGCGAUGUUGUAUUCAAUAUCUUUGUUAUAAAGAUAUAGAAAAAUAUGUUAAAGAAAAAAUACAAAUAACUUUGCAUGAGAUGCUUUCGCUUCCAUCUCUUGGUAACGGUCCACAUAAAUUUUGAAAACAAUGCAACUUCUUAUAAAUAUGUAUGUAGAGUAUGCAUUGAAUCCCUCAACAUUUAAGAGCAAAACAAAUGUAUUUGUGAUUGGCUCUGUUACUUCGCUUCCUUGCUUCAUCAUGUUUUCGAGCAAUUUACUUAUUGUGCUCCCUUAGGAAAAUUUCUACGCACGGACUUGGUCAUUUGUCACUUCUAAAAUUACUCCGGUAAGAAAGUGCUAUCACUUAUCAUUGUUUUGUGGAGGGAUGGGGUGAUUUGUGCAAAGUUUUGAUGAAGUAUGUAAUGGAAAAGUGAUUGCUUAAUAUUGGAUAAAAAAUAAAAAUACAUAAAUUAAAUCCUGUGUAGUAAUUGGUUCGGAUAGCAUCAUGUGACGAUACUUAUUCUGGCAAUGUUGUAAAUAAGGUUGAAACAAAACGUCAACAAAGAACGAUUGCAAUGUUGUGUCAUCACAAAAAUACAGUACUCAUUAUAUGUG